AUGAGGAACUUCCAAGCAGGUCUGGACAGAUGCAAACAGUUAUUGAGAACAUGGUCAAAAGACAUGAAUGGCAAGCAGAGACAACUAAUUAGACAAAGGAGUGAGAUGAUUCAAGAGUUGCAGAGAAUAAACCAAGGAGAUUUUAAUGACACCAUCAAGGGCUAUCAAAGGGAAGUUAAUCAACUACUAGCUGAAGAGGAAAUCAAGUGGAGGCAGAGGGCAAAACAAUUAUGGCUCAAGGAGGGAGACAAAAAUACAAGCUACUUUCAUAAGUGUGCAUCUCAAAGAAAGAAGAAUAACAGUAUUCACCAGAUUGCAAAUGAAAGAGGGGAGCAAGUGAGCAACAAGUCAGAAGUCAAGGACAUAUUUUAA